AUGUCAAGGGGAAACCAGAGUCACAUCACAGAAUUCCUCCUUCUGAGACUGACCAGUGACCCUAAGCACCAGGAGUGGCUCUUUGCCAGCUUUCUGGCCAUGUAUCUGGUCAACGUGGCUGGCAACUCAGUCAUCAUUGCAGCCAUCCGGGGGGACACCCGCCUCCACACCCCCAUGUACUUCUUCCUCUCCAAUCUGUCCCUGGUGGACAUCUGCUUUACAAAUGUCAUCGUGCCACAGAUGCUGGCAAACAUGCUGAACAAGACCAAGAAGAUCCCCUUUGCCCAAUGCCUCACACAGAUGUAUUUCUUUGUGACCUGUGCGAUCACUGACAGCUUCCUCCUGGCUGCCAUGGCUAUUGACCGCUACAUGGCCAUCUGUAACCCACUGCAUUACACCACGACCAUGAGCCCCCAACGCUGUCUCCUGCUGGUGACGGUGUCCUGGGUGCUGUCCCACCUUCACUCACUCACCCACACGAUUCUCAUGGCCCGCCUCUCCUUCUGUGGGCCCAACGUCAUCCACCACUUCUUCUGUGACGUCCAGCCACUGCUGACGCUCUCCUGCUCUGACACCUCUGUCAAUGAGCUUUUGGCCUUCACAGAGGGCUCCUUGGUGAUCAUGAGUCCCUUCAUCUUGAUCAUUGUCUCUUACGUCCACAUCACCCGUGCCGUUCUGAGGGUCCCUUCUCGAGGAGGCAGGCACAAGGUCUUCUCCACCUGUGGGUCCCACCUCACAGUUGUGGCACUCUUCUAUGGGACUGCCAUCUCUGUGUACAUUCGCCCCUCAUCCACCUACUCAGUGACAAAGGACAGUGUGGUCACUGUUAUUUAUACUGUGGUAAUCCCCAUGUUGAACCCUUUUAUCUACAGUCUUAGGAACAAGGACAUGAAACAAGCCUUGAGAAAGCUGACUAGGAGAAAGGAAUAG